AUGGCCAUGCACCAGUCUGAAGCGGACAAUUCCCUGUUGAUCUACAUGGGUGCAACUGUGCUCUAUGGAGGGACAAUUCUUUACCGAGCCAAAAAGUACCGCAUGGAGAAAUCCCUCUCUUUCUGCUGGGGUCUCCUCUUGCUUUUUGCUUUGGAGGUCCUGUGUUUUGCCACACUGAGAAGUUAUCUGGGCUUCAGUUUGUUCUCUCUCGUGUGUCUCCUCUUCUGCGUUUACACAUCUGAUCAAGCCAUGUUACCUGUGAACAGCAAAGCAGUACUCAUCACAGGAAGUGACAGCGGCAUUGGGCACGAACUGGCAAAGUACCUUGACAGGUUAGGAUUCGUUGUGUUUGCCAGCGUUCUAAAUGAGAAAGGGCCCGGUGCUGAAAAGCUAAGGAAGACCUGUUCGGAGAGGCUUUCUGUCCUGCAACUGGACAUCACCAAUUCAGUGCAGAUUAAAGAGGCGUAUCUUGAAGUAAGAAGAAAAUUGCAAGAUGCAGAUCUUUGGGGCAUCAUCAACAAUGCCGGGGUCCUGGGAUUCACCGCCGAUGGUGAGCUGCUCCCCAUGCAUUGUUACAAGCAGUGCAUGGAUGUCAAUUUCUUCGGUCCCGUUGAACUGUCAAAGACAUUCUUACCGUUGCUCCGGAAAUCCAAAGGAAGGCUCAUUAACAUCUCAAGCAUGGCAGGAGGUAUCCCAAUGCCACGCUUUGCUGCCUAUGGAGCGUCCAAAGCAGCCCUGUCCAUGUUUUCCGGAGUGAUGAGACAGGAGCUCUCCAAAUGGGGUAUUAAAGUAUCUGUCAUGCAUCCAUCAGGCUUCAAAACAUGCAUCCAGGGAACUCCUGAGUUCUGGAAUAAGGAGGAACGCAUCCUUCUCGAGAACCUAACGCCAGAUGUGAAGAAAGAUUACGGUGAAGAUUACAUCCUCAACCUGAAGAAGCUUCUCAAUGACAUGUUUGCCGUUUCCGGGUCAGAUCUCUCACCGGUGCUUUGUGAUGUUUUACACGCAUUAUUGGCGGAGCAGCCGCAUGGCUUAUACACUCCGGGCAAGAAUGCUUACAAAUUCCUCCUCAUCUUCUGCUAUUCCCCUCUCUGGUUUUAUGAUUUUUGCAUGAGCAAAAUGAUCUAUACUUCAAGCAUACCCAGUGCUCUCAGAGCAGCAGAGGCAAAAAACAAGGACUUGUAGGCAAAUCAGGGAACGCGCACACAUAUCUUUCUAGAAUUCACAUGAUAACACCUGAUGUAGCCAUAUGUUUGCCAAGUAAUAUACUACAUAGUGAAUAGUGGUGGAAAGGUCUGUCCAUUUCUGUUCUCUCAG